AUGGACCCACGAAUGUACAUCAGGGCUGGCAUUUACGCGGGUGGAGUUGUCGCAGGGGCAGCCAUCGCUGCGUCAACUAUGGGCGCCGGUACUAUGUUCAUCGCUGGUUUGGGCGCGGGCAUUUCGGAGGGUGUCUUGGACGGUGUUCAGAUGAGCCAGCUCGAGGACUUGGACACGUCUGAUUUCUUCAUGUGCGGAGUAAAAAAGCAGGAUAUCCAAAACAGCGAGACAUCUGGCAACCCGAUACACAUAAUCAUCCAUGGAGAUGUCGACUCAGAGACAGGGGUUAUUACCCCGGCAGUAAGUUUCGCAGGAUGGAGAGGCAACCCUCCGGAGCUAACGACGAGGCAGCUAUGUGAUGUCAAGGUGGCACAGAUGGCAUGCGAGGAACACAUUGACGAUGACACCAAAAACGCCAACCUCAGGAACGUGGGCGUGCAGCUAAAGAAUCUGAAUUCGGUCAACAUAACCCGCUUGGCGUUUGUUCAUAAAUACUCAGCAGUGGGGCCCGAGCUCCUCUCAUAUGGAGAAGGCAUCAGAGUUGGUGAGGCCACAGCCGUAAAGAAUGUAACCACGAUGCGCACCGCUUCGCGAGAACAUCGCUAG